CCAGGGAGGAGAAAUCCUUGAGUUCUAGAUGCGCUGGAGUCCAGGAACUCUUCCUGACCAAAGGGAACGGGGAAAGGACAAGAAAGGACAACUGCCUUAUAUGUAAAAAAAUACUCAAAGGUCAACAAAUCCACACUGGAGAAAAACCAUGUAAACACAGGCAACCCGGAAAGGACUUGGGGGAUCUUCCUUCCCAUAAAAGGUUCCACCCCAUGGGAAAAAUAUACCCCUUUAUGGAGUGUGGAAAGAGCUUCAGUGAAAAGCGAUCCUUGACCGAUCAUAAAAAGAGCCACCCGGAGGAGAAACCGCAUAAAUGCUUGGAGUGCGACAAGAGUUUCCACACCAACAGCCAACUUGCUUCUCACAAAAGGACCCACACCAGAAAAAACACGUACACCUGUAAGCUGUGCAACAUGAGCUUCAGAAUGAGGAGCUUGCUGACUUUCCAUGGCAGGAUUCACUCGGGGGAGAAACCGUAUAAAUGCAUGGAAUGUGGAAAGAGUUUCAGAUGGACUAGUGAUCUUACGUCUCAUAUUAGGAUCCACACAGGGGAGAAACCUUACAAAUGCCUAGAGUGCGGAAAGAGCUUCAGCAGGAACAGUUCCCUUACCUACCACAAGAGGAUCCACACAGGGGAAAAGCCCUACAAAUGCCCGGAGUGCGGGAAGCAUUUCAGCGACUGCAGCGCUCUGUGUUCUCAUAAAAGGAGCCAUUCCUCGGAGAAACCCUAUAAAUGCACCGACUGCGGGAAGCGCUUCGGCAAGAACAGCUUUCUCACGUCGCAUAAAAGGCUCCACACGGGGGAGAAACCCUAUCAAUGCGCAGACUGCGGGAAAAGCUUCAGCCAGAGCAGCCACCUCACUUCCCACAAAAGGCUCCACACGGGAGAGAAACCCUAUCAAUGCGCAGACUGCGGGAAAAGCUUCAGCCAGAGCAGCCACCUCACUUCCCACAAAAGGCUCCACACGGGAGAGAAACCCUAUCAAUGCGCAGACUGCGGGAAGAGCUUCAGCCAGAACAGCCAUCUUACUUCCCACAAAAGGAUGCACACGGGAGAAAAACCCUAUAAAUGCACCGUGUGCGAAAAGAGCUUCAGCAACAGCAGUUCCCUGACUUCGCAUAAAAGGAGCCAUACGGGGGAGAAACCCUAUCGAUGCGCGGACUGUGGGAAGAUCUUCAGCCAGAGCAGUCACCUCACUUCCCACAAAAGGCUCCACACAGGAGAGAAACCCUAUCAAUGUGCAGUGUGUGGGAAGAACUUCAGGUUGAGUAGUGAGCUUACGUCCCACAAAAGGAUCCACACAGGGGAGAAACCCUAUAAAUGCUGGGAGUGUGGGAAAAGUUUCAAACAGAGCAGCCAACUUACGUCUCAUAAAAGGACCCAUACCGGAGAAAAAAUCUCCAUUUGA